AUGCGCGCCGCCGCCCCCGCACCGAACCCCCAUCGGUUUCACAGGCGCGCGGUGAUCGCAACCUUAACCGCGCUCACCGCGACGACGCGCGUCGACCGCGCGCGCGCGCGUCAGGCGGCGCCGUCAAAACAAAAGAAGCAGAGAGCACCGAGCGGCGACCAGAGCGACGCCAACGGCGUGAUGACGCGUUUAGCGCUCAACGGACGACGCUUGGUCGCCGUCGGAGACCUGCACGGUGAUUUUCUCGCCGCCGUGCGCGCGCUGGAGCUCGCCGGGGUCAUGGACGAGUCGGGGAAAUGGGUCGGCGGCGACGCGGUGGUCGUGCAGGUCGGCGACGUCCUGGAUCGAGGCGACAGCGAGAUCGCGAUCAUGCGCAAGUUACGAGCGCUGCGGAAACAAGCGAGACAAGUCGGUGGGGACGUGGUGUGCAUGAACGGGAAUCACGAGAUCAUGAACGUGAUGGGGGAUUUUCGAUACGCCACGCCCGGGGCGUUUGAGGAGUGUCGAAGGUACGCGGAGAAGAAACGGGCCAAGAACGCGGCGAGAGGUGAGAACGGGGAGGUCGUGAGCGUGGAUUCAGAUGAUGAAGAUGAGGAAAUGGCGGGCGUUCGAGCGCGGCAGCAGCUGUUCAAGCCGGGCGGCGAGCUCGCGAUGUGGUUGGCGAAGCAACCGACUGUGUUGGUCGUGGAUGACGGGACGGUUUUCGCGCACGCCGGGAUCGAUCUCUCGCACGUAGAGUACGGGUUCGAGCGCAUCAACAAGGAGGUAUCGAUGUGGAUGCAGGGUAAGACAAAGAUGCCUCCCAAACAGGUUUUGGAAUCGGACGGCGUCGUCUGGACGAGGGACUACGGCGGAAAAGAUGCCGGGGUGCAGUACGAAGCGAGCGCGUGCAGAAAGCUCAACACCGCGCUCGACGCCGCGGGCGCGAAACGUUUGGUGAUCGGACACACCCCACAAACCACGGGCGUGACGAACGGGUGCAAGGGGGCGCUUUGGCGCGUCGACGUGGGUGCCUCGAGAGGAAUUUACGGCCACGACGUUCAGGUCAUUGAAAUUGUCAACGGACGUACGCGCGUUCUUGCGUAG